GCAAAGUGACUCGCAAAUCGUUCUCAUCACCACGGCAGUCUUUAACCUAACCAAGGAAGUUUUGACGGAUUGCCGAAUAUCUUGAAGCUGAAUAUCACCUGCUCCGAUAUCGAAUAUCAAAUUAACUAAAAAGACGUAAUAAUUAGAAAUAUGCCAGAGGCAACAAAAGUUGAGGCGAAACCAUCAAAGGAGGUGAAGAAUGGUAAAGAAGAGGAGAAAAAUGAUUUGUCAGAAGAAGACAAGCUGCUUCAGGAGGAGUUGGGCAACCUAGUCGAAAGGCUGCAAGAUUCGAACACAUCUUUGUACUUCUCGGCAUUAGAACUACUCCGUUCUCAAAUACGUGCGUCAACAACGUCAAUGACGAGCGUGCCAAAGCCGUUGAAAUUUAUGCGACCUCACUACGAUACAAUGAAGGUGGUAUAUGAAAAGAUAAAUGACCCGAAAACCAAGGAGCUCUGUUCAGAUGUCAUAUCUGUCCUAGCGAUGAGUAUGGGAGAGGGAAGGGAAUGUCUCAAGUACCGCUUGACUGGUUCAGCAUUAGAAAUCGGGGAAUGGGGACACGAGUACGUCAGGCAUUUGUCAGGCGAGAUUGCAGGAGAGUGGGAUCAAGUAACCGGCGAUGACGCCGAAGUGAUCAGGGAAAAACUCGUAGACUUGGCACGUGAAAUUGUCCCCUACAACAUGGCUCACAAUGCCGAAGCCGAGGCAUGUGACUUACUCAUGGAAAUCGAACGGCUCGAUUUGCUUGAUCAGUAUGUUGACGAGAGUGCUUACCCAAGGGUUUGCCUAUACCUCACCAGCUGCGUACCUUACGUUGCUGAUCCAGAAAAUAGUACACUCCUUCACGCUGCCCUCAAGCUCUUCAGGAAGUUUGGUCAGUAUCCGCAAGCUCUCAGGCUCGCCAUGCAGCUCAAUGACUUGACAUUGAUAGAGGAUAUUUUUACUUCAUGCAAGGAUUUAUCCGUUCAAAAGCAGCUGGCGUUCAUGCUUGGUCGUCAGCAAAUAUUUUUGGAAUUGAAUGAGAACUCAAAUGAGUACGAUGACCUGGUUGAAAUAAUGUCCAACGCCCACCUAAACAACCAUUUUCUAAACUUGGCUCGAGAGUUGGAUAUAAUGGAGCCAAAAACACCCGAAGAUGUCUACAAAUCUCAUCUGGAAAAUUCGCGACCACCAUUUGGAGGUGGUCAAGUAGAUUCAGCACGUCAAAACCUCGCGGCAAGUUUUGUAAACGGUUUUGUUAACGCCGCAUUUGGUCAUGACAAGCUACUGAUAGAGGACGGUAAUAAGUGGCUCUACAAGAACAAGGAACACGGAAUGCUCAGCGCCACAGCUUCCUUAGGACUCGUUUUAUUGUGGGACGUUGAUGGCGGCUUGACCCCGAUCGACAAGUACCUGUAUUCCGCUGAGGACUACAUAAAAUCCGGGGCUCUAUUGGCUUGUGGAAUCGUGAACUGUGGAGUCAGGAACGAGUGCGACCCGGCGCUUGCUUUACUGUCCGACUAUGUCCUUCACAGCAGCAACAGCAUGCGCGUAGGCGCGAUAGUUGGUCUGGGACUGGCUUACGCAGGUUCAAAUCGUGAGGCUGUCCUCAGCCUGCUUACCCCUGUGCUCAACGACCCCAAAUCUAACUGGGAAGUUAUUGCUUGUACUGCUUUGGCCCUCGGCAUGGUGGCAGUUGGCUCUUGCAAUGCCUACGUUACGACGGCGAUAAUGCACGCAUUGAUGGAGAAGACUGAUGCCGAACUGAAAGACACAUAUUCGAGGUUUUUGCCCCUUGGACUAGGCUUGUGCUUGUUGGGUAAGCAGGAGGCAGCAGAGGCAAUAAUUGCUGCUCUGGAAGUUGUGCCUGAACCAUUCAAGGCGAUGGCAACGACUAUGGUCGAGGUUUGCGCCUACGCAGGGACAGGAAAUGUGUUGAAGAUUCAACAAUUGCUUCACAUUUGUUCAGAGCAUCAUGAGUCAAGUAAUGAGAAGGACGAGAAGAGCGAUCGUAAGGAAAAAGACAAAAGGGACGAAAAGAGGGAAGAGAGGGAGAGAGAGCUCAGCUCCCGCCAAUCUAUCGCUGUACUAGGGAUUGCCCUUAUUGCUAUGGGCGAAGAAAUAGGCGCCGAAAUGGCAUACAGGACUUUUGGGCAUCUUCUCAGGUACUGCGAACCUGUCAUACGUCGUUCUGUGCCCCUUGCUUUGGGACUCAUCUCCGUAUCGAACCCCAAACUAAACAUCCUCGAUACCCUCUCGAAGUUUUCUCACGACAGUGACUCUGAGGUUGCUCACAAUGCUAUUUUCGCCAUGGGACUUGUUGGUGCCGGUACCAACAACGCCAGACUUGCAGCAAUGCUCAGACAGCUUGCUCAGUAUCACGCCAAGGACCCGAACAACCUAUUCAUGGUUCGUAUCGCACAAGGCCUUACCCACCUUGGAAAGGGAACGUUGACCCUGUCGCCUUACCACAGUGACAGACAACUUCUCAGUCCUGUAGCAGUUGCGGGACUUUUGGGUACUCUGGUCGGAUUUUUGGAUGUCAAGAACAUAAUACUUGGUCGCAGUCAUUAUCUUUUGUACACACUCGCGACAGCGAUGCAGCCUAGGAUGUUGGUUACUUUUGACGAAGAGCUGAACCCCCUCGCCGUACCUGUUCGAGUUGGUAUUGCCGUUGACGUUGUCGGGCAGGCGGGUAAACCAAAGACGAUAACGGGCUUUCAAACGCACACGACACCCGUCCUGCUAGCCCACGGAGAAAGAGCGGAAAUGGCAACUGAAGAAUACGUACCACUGACGCCGAUAAUGGAAGGUUUUGUAAUUCUAAGAAAAAAUCCCGACUUCACGCCUUAAUAACGAUUUUUUAUUUUCCACUAUUAAUGUAUUAACUUUUAAAAUAAGUAUGUGAAUGAUGAAUAAUAAAAAAAGUAACGAAAUUUAAAGAAGA